AUGGCGGUCGCUCGGCCAGUUCGAGCUCUGGCCUUAGCCGCCGUGAUGCUUUGGUGCUUCUUCCUUUAUCAGAUCUUUGGCCCUGAGAGGCCAAUAGGCCAGAAGCCGGUGCGCUACGACAAUGGACGGGAUCCCAACCUAGAUCCUACCGAAGAGCCUCAAGGUAUCCUGACGCACGCCUCCGACAAGUAUGCUCCCGACGCCAAGGACUCUGCGCGCAUCAACGCAACUCUCCUGGCACUGGUCAGGAACGAGGAGCUGGAUGGAAUGAUACUGUCGAUGGUAGACCUCGAGCGGACCUGGAAUCACAAGUUCAACUACCCUUGGACCUUCUUCAACGAGGUCCCUUUCAGCGACGAGUUUAAGAGGAGGACCCAGGCUGCUACCAAGGCUGAGUGUAGAUACGAGCUCAUCCCCAAAGAGCACUGGGAGAUGCCUUCAUGGAUCAACAAGGACCUCUACGAAGAAUCCGUCAAGAUUCUUAAGGAGAAUGAUAUUCAAUACGCCGACAAGAUCUCAUAUCACUCGAUGUGCCGCUGGAACAGCGGGAUGUUUUACAAACACCCCGCUUUGGAGCACACCAAGUACUACUGGCGCGUUGAGCCCAAGGUUCAUUUUUUCUGCGACGUCGACUACGACGUCUUCAGAUACAUGCAGGACAACAACAAGACGUACGGUUUCACCAUCAAUCUGUACGACGCACCUAAGUCAAUUCCGACGCUGUGGCCCGAGACCGUCAAGUUCCUUGCGCAGCACCCCGAGCAUCUCCAUAAGAACAACGCGAUGGACUGGCUCACUGACAAGUCUCGCCGGCCUGAGCACAACACCGAAGCCAACGGCUACUCCACCUGCCACUUCUGGAGCAACUUCGAAAUUGCCGACAUGGACUUCUGGCGCAGCCAAGCGUAUGAGGACUACUUCCAACAUCUGGACCGCGCUGGAGGUUUCUUUUACGAGAGAUGGGGUGAUGCCCCCGUUCACAGCAUUGCAUUGGGCCUUUUCGAGGAUAAGUCCAAGAUCCAUUGGUUCCGUGAUAUUGGAUACCAGCACAUUCCUUUCUUCAACUGCCCUAACUCAAAUAAGUGCAAGGGCUGCGUGACCGGCCGCUUUACCGAUGGCGAGGCUUGGUUGCACAAGGAAGAUUGCCGCCCGAACUGGUUCAAGUAUGUCGGCAUGGACUGA